GAAAUGCCGGAAUUGCUCAAGGAAAUAAGAGAAGAAGAGUUGAUGAAUUUGAGAGGAAAUGGGAAAGGAGAGAGGAAGGAGUGGGAUAGAGUCUAUGACUACGAUGUUUUCAAUGACUUGGGAUCUCCGGACAAAGGUCAAGACUCUGCUCGUCCUGUCCUCGGUGGUUCCCUAGAAUACCCUUAUCCCCGUCGUUGUCGUACCGGUCGCAAACCCACAAAGACCGAUUCAAAGUCGGAGAGUAGACUGCCGCUAUUGAGCCUAGACAUCUACGUCCCUCGGGACGAGAGGUUCAACAUGGUGAAGUUUUCAGACUUCAUCGCCUAUGCUCUCAAGUCUGUGGCACAAGUCAUCGUCCCCGAAAUUGGCUCUCUCUGCGACAAGAACUUCAAUGAGUUCAAUAGUUUCGACGACAUAUUCAGCCUGUAUGAAGGUGGUAUCAAGCACCCUAAUGCUCACAUCAUCUCAAAGAUUCGUGAUGUUCUUCCAUGGGAGAUGUUUAGAGAGCUCGUACGCAAUGAUGGUGAUCGGUUCUUGAAGUAUCCGAUGCCCACUAUCAUCAAAGAGAGUAGAUCGGCUUGGAGGUCUGAUGAAGAGUUUGGUCGAGAAAUGAUUGCCGGACUCAAUCCACUUGUCAUCAGACGUCUCCAGGAAUUUCCUCCGUUGAGCAAGCUGGAUCCGGAUGUAUAUGGAAAUCAACAUAGUUCUAUCCGAGAAGAUGAUGUUGAGCCCAACAUGAAUGGUCUCACCAUCGACGAGGCUUUGAAGCAGAACAAGCUUUACGUUUUGGAUUACCAUGACUCAUUGAUGCCUCACUUGAGAAGGAUGAACUCAACCGGUGCAAAGUUGUAUGCCACUUGAACCGUUCUCCUCCUCAAAGACGAUGGUAUUCUGAUGCCUUUGGCCAUUGAGUUGAGCCUUCCUCACCCACAAGGCGAAAAAUAUGGUGCCGUCAGCAAAAUCUUUACACCAGCUGCGAAAGGUGUUGAGGGCUCGAUUUGGCAGCUCGCUAAGGCUUACGUUGCGAUCAAUGAUUCUGGUUAUCAUCAACUUAUCAGCCAUUGGUUGCACACCCAUGCUACUAUGGAACCGUUCAUUAUCUCAGCAAAUAGGCAACUGAGUGUGAUUCAUCCGAUUUAUAAGCUUUUGCAUCCUCAUUUUCGUGACACAAUGCAAAUAAAUGCUUUGGCUCGUCAUAUCCUUAUAAAUGCGGAUGGUGUGCUCGAAAGGACUGUGUUCCCGGGAAAGUACUCCAUGGAGUGGUCUUCUUCACUUUACCGGAAUUGGGUUUUCACCGAUCAGGCUUUGCCUGCUGAUCUUCUAAAAAGAGGAGUGGCCGUUCUGGAUCCAAGCUGCGAUGGCGGUGUUCGACUUUUGAUCGAGGAUUACCCUUAUGCUGUUGAUGGGUUAGAGAUCUGGUCUGCCAUUGAGACGUGGGUGACUGAGUACUGCUCGUACUAUUACAAAACGGACAAAACUGUCCAGACUGACAUUGAGCUUCAAUCAUGGUGGUCUGAACUUCGAAAUGUGGGCCAUGGUGACAAGAAAUGUGAGCCUUGGUGGCCGAAAAUGCAAUCUCGGUCCGAACUCAUCCAAACAUGCUCAAUCAUCAUCUGGAUUGCUUCUGCUCUUCAUGCUGCCGUUAACUUCGGUCAGUAUCCUUAUGCCGGUUUUCUCCCUAAUCGGCCAACGGUGAGUCGUCGGUUCAUGCCUGAAUCUGGUACAGAAGAGUACGAAGAAUUAAAGAAAGACCCUGAUGUCGCAUACUUGAAGACGAUCACUCCACAGUUGCAGACACUACUUGGGAUCUCUAUCAUUGAGGUUUUGUCUAUGCAUUCAACGGAUGAGCUUUAUUUGGGACAGAGGGAAUCUCCGAAUUGGACGGCUGAUGAUGAGGUUUUGGCUAUGUCUACAAGAUUCACCGAGAGGCUUGAGCAGAUCGAGAACAACAUCGUUAAGAGGAACAACAUCAAGAGCAUGAAGAAUCGACUUGGUCCGGUUAAGAUGCCGUACACUUUGUUGUACCCAAACACAUCGGAUUACACAAGGGAAGGUGGCAUGACAGGAAAGGGAAUACCGAACAGUAUUUCUGUUUAG